AUGUCGACGAACAAGGACGCAGUGAGGUCGUCGUCGUCGUCGCCGGGAUCGCUGUCGUGGCGAGCAAAGCCCCAGUUCCCUACCUACAGCAUACGCAUUGCCCACACGCUCGAGGCGUCAGACUCGUUUGCGAAAGCCCUGGCCGGUACUGGUAUCAUUCCCAAGGCGGCCGACCACAAGAAUCAACAUCCCGAGGAGGCCAAGCAUCUGCCACAAUUUUUAUUACCGUUCCAGCCCAUCCCGGACAACGCGGAGAAGGUGAUUGUCGACUGGGUCAACGCUGCAGCCUGGAAAAAGCUCCGCCCUCAAUUCUCCAGCCGAAUUGCCCAGGUGGAACUCUCCAGAGACAAAUCUCGGCCAUACGUCUACAUGUGGGCGCCCAAAAAGUGAGACCUGCAGGCAGGCCAGCGGCGCGGCGCGACUAGGUUUCCAUGGAUUGGUUGCCUGCGGUCCUAAUCGCCGCACUGGGGAGUCGACGUGUCCAUUCGCGAGGGAGAGAGAGAAAAGCACGGGCUGGACUUGGUGGUGUUUUGUUCUAAUGUUUUUGGAAUAUGGAUAUGCCUAGAUAAUAGUCAUGUAGUUUGGCAGCGCCUUACCUGACACAAUAACACGAAAUAGGGCGGGCGUCGGCCGGAGCGAUGCCUUAGCUAAUUACCUUUAAGUUAGCUACUAACGUUCAUGAUAUGCGAGUUAGCCAUGAUAAGCGAGUUGGCCACCUU